AUGGCAGAUGAUCGGAAAGAUGAAGCAAAGGCGCCUCACUGGACCUCAGCUCAACUAACAGAGGCAUCCGCCCACCCACAUCCACCUGAGAUCAAGGAUCAAGGUGGGGCAGGGGAAGGACUUGUCAGAAGCGCCAAUGGAUUCCCAUACAGGGAGGAUGAAGAGGGUGCCUUUGGAGAACAUGGGUCACAGGACACCUACUCAAAUACCAAAGAGAAUGGGAUCAAUGGAGAGCUGACCUCAGCUGACAGAGAAACAGCAGAGGAGGUGUCUGCAAGGAUAGUUCAAGUAGUCACGGCAGAAGCUGUAGCAGUUCUGAAAGGUGAACAAGAGAAAGAAGCUCAGCAUAAAGAUCAGCCUGCAGCUCUGCCUUUAGCAGCUGAAGAGACAGCUAAUCUGCCUCCUUCUCCACCCCCAUCACCAGCCUCAGAACAGACUGUGACAGUGGAGGAAGAAGAAGAAAUGCUAGCGAGUCCAAUGGCUGAGGAAGAGAAACCUGCCACUCUUCCUGGGAAAGAGUGUGAGGCUGCCAAGGCCUCAGACCAGCCCAAGGGCCUCAGUGAAGGCCAAGUGGAGUCUAGUGCGGAGGCCCAAAUAGCUCCUGAAGAGAGCGCCCCAGCAGGGACCCCACAGGAGAAAAGUAUAAAAGAGGUCGCGGAGGUGUCUCCAGAAGUAAAAACCCCUUCCUCUGCCGGGGAAGGUUUGCUUACAGCCUCGAAGAUGGAGUUUCAUGAUCAACAGGAAUUGACUCCCUCUCCAGCCGAGCCAUUAGACAAGAAGGAAAAGGAGUCAGAGAAAGAAAGUAAGCCUGGUGAAGACCUUAAACAUGCUGCCUUAGUUUCUCAGCCUGAGACAACUAAAACUUCCCCUGAUAAAAAGGAUAUGCAAGACACAGAAGAAGAAAAAGUACCUCCCACUCUGUUUGGGCAUACUCUGGGUGCCAGCCUAGAAGACACAAAACAGAAGAUAGAACCGAGCCUAGUGGUACCUGAUAUUGGCCUUCCCGCAGAGCCCUCAGCUGCAAAAGAGCAAAAGGACUGGUUCAUCCAAAUGCCAAUGGAAGCAAAAAAGGAUGAGUGGGGUUUAGUUGCUCCAGUAUCUCCUGGCCCCCUAACACCCAUGAAGGAAAAAGACGUACUUGAGGACAUCCCAAAAUGGGAAGGGAAACAAUUUGAUUCUCCCAUGCCAAGUCCCUUUCAGGGUGGAAGCUUCACUCUUCCUUUAGAUAUCACAAAGAAUGACAUUGUUGCAGCAACAUCACCCUUUGCCCCUGCCCUACUACAGCCAGAUGACAAAAAAUCUUUGGAAGAAACUGGUAGCCCAGCGACUGCCAAAGAUAGUUCUAAAGUUGAAGAGCCCCAUAAGGAUCAACCUGACAAAAUGGCAGAAGCACCAGCCUCAGAGGCAGUUACAUCACCCAAAGAUGCUCACAUUUCGAUUGUGGAAGAAUAUGUUCCGGAGAAAGGUUUAGGAGAAGAGAAAGGGGCAAUAAAGCAAGAGAGUGUGCAGAUAAAAGAGACUCCCACCUUCAGUGAACAGGAGUCUAUGCUUACUGAAAAGGAACCUCACCUAAAGCUUGAAGAACAAACAACCAUUUCUGAUGAAGAAGCUGUGUCAAAAGAGAGUGAAGCCCCAAAAUUGACAGAUGAAGAAACUGGUGUAAUUCAGCCCUCCACAGAGCACGCUUACUCCAAAGAAGAACCGAAAGGCCAGGAGCUUCCCACAGAUAUAUUAAAACAGGACUCAUUCCCUGUAAGUUUGGAGCAAGCAGUUACUGAUUCAGCCGUGACCUCUAAGACACCAGAAAAAGUCAUGACUGAACCAGCUGCACUAAGUGAAAAGAGUGCCACCCAGGAGCUUUUUGAAGAAAAAGUUGCUGACAAAGAUAAUAAGGUUGAAGGAGUUGGAGCUGUAACGUCAGCUGAGCUUGACAUGCCAUUUUAUGAAGAUAAGUCAGGAAUGUCCAAGUACUUUGAAACAUCUGCCUUGAAAGAAGAAGUGACAAAAAGUAUCCAGCCAGGCAGUGAUUACUAUGAACUGAGUGACACAAGAGAAAGUGCCCAAGAGUCUUUUGAUACUGUAUCUUCCAUGUAUAAAAACGGCGACAAGGCACUUAUGGCAGAGAAAGACUCCCAGCCCAGUGCUCCAGCACAAGAAGCAGGGUAUAGCACUCUCGCACAGAGUUAUCCGUCUGACUUACCUGAAGAGCCCAGUUCUCCUCAAGAAAGAAUGUUCACUAUUGAUCCAAAAGUGUAUGGGGAGAAAAGGGAUCUCCACAGUAAGAAUAAGGAUGAUUUGACACUAAGCAGGAGUUUAGGACUUGGUGGUAGGUCUGCAAUAGAGCAAAGAAGCAUGUCAAUCAAUUUGCCCAUGUCUUGCCUGGAUUCCAUAGCCCUUGGAUUUAACUUUGGCCGGGGGCAUGAUCUUUCUCCCCUUGCUUCUGAUAUUCUAACCAACACUAGUGGAAGUAUGGACGAAGGAGAUGAUUACCUUCCAGCCACAACACCUGCAGUGGACAAAGCCCCUUGCUUCCCAACAGAAAGCAAAGAAGAAAAAGAACAGAUCAAGGGGGAAAAAGCUACUGGAGAGGAAAACACCCAAGUCGAGACAUCGUGUGAGUCACCUUUCCUAGCCAAAGAUUAUUACAAAAAUGGUACUGUCAUGGCACCUGACCUGCCUGAGAUGCUAGACCUGGCAGGCACAAGGUCAAGAUUAGCUUCCGUGAGUGCAGAUGCUGAGGUUGCCAGGAGAAAAUCAGUCACAUCAGAGACUCUGGUGGAGGAGAGUAGUACUGGCUUCCCCCCUGUCACUGAUGAAAACCAUGUCAUUGUUAAAACUGACAGUCAACUCGAAGACCUGGGCUACUGUGUGUUCAAUAAAUACACAGUCCCACUCCCAUCACCUGUUCAAGACAGUGAAAAUUUAUCUGGGGAGAGUGGUUCCUUUUAUGAAGGCACUGAUGAUAAAGCACGAAGAGAUUUGGUCACGGAUCUUUCAUUGAUUGAAGUCAAACUGGCAGCUGCUGGAAGAGUCAAAGAUGAACUCAGUGCUGAGAAAGAAGUAUCCCCGCCUAUCUCUGGUGACAAAUCAGGACUGAGUAGGGAGUUUGAUCAGGAGAAGAAAGCGAAUGAUAAGCUGGAUACUUUACUAGAAAAAAGUGAAGAACAUGCCGAUUCAAAAGAACAUGCUGAGGAAACAGAAGAGGCUGGUGAUAAAGUUGAAACUUUUGGAUUAGGAGUAACCCAUGAGCAAGCUUCAGCCAAAGAACUGACAGUCUCAAAAGAUGCAUCACCUCUCAUGGCUGAGAAAGCAGAGAAAGGUCUUAGUUCCGUGCCAGAGGUAGCUGAAGUAGAACCAUCCCAAAAAGCUGAACCGGAACUCGAUUUUGCUGCAAAGAAAGCUGACCAGGGUCAGUUAGAUAUUAAAAUCAGUGACUUUGGACAGAUGGCUUCAGGGCUACACAUAGAUGCUGGAAACGCAGCAGAGCUUAAACUCAAGGCUACCCAGGACCUCGCCCCUUCAUCCACAGCACCUCAGGAGGCAGAUGCGUUUAUGGGUGUUGAGUCUGGCCACGUGAAAGAAGGCACAAAAGUUAGUGAAACAGAAGUCAAGGAGAAGGUGGCCAAGCCUGACCUGGUGCACCAGGAGGCUGUAGACAAAGAGGAGUCCUAUGAGUCCAGCGGUGAGCAUGAAAGCCUCACUAUGGAGUCCUUGAAAGCUGAUGAGGGCAAGAAGGAAAUUUCCCCAGAAUCUUCUCUAAUUCAAGACGAGAUUGCCAUCAAAUUGUCUGUGGAAAUACCCUGUGCACCUGCUGUUUCAGAGGCUGAUUUAGCCGCAGAUGAGAGAGCUGACGUCCAGAUGGAAUUUAUUCAGCUGCCAAAAGAAGAAAACAAGGAGACCCCAGAUAUAUCUAUCACGCCCUCUGAUGUUACAGAACCAUUGCCUGAAGCCACUGGAGCUGAACCAGCAGAGGCUGAGGAUGAGGAAGAAGAGAUAGAAGCCCAGGGAGAUUAUGAUAAACUGCUCUUCCGCUCAGACACCCUUCAGAUUACUGACCUGGGUGUCCCAGGUGUCAGGGAGGAAUAUGUGGAGACCUGCCCUGGUGAACACAAGGGAGUGAUUGAGUCCGUUGUAACUAUCGAGGAUGAUUUCAUCACUGUCGUGCAAACCACAACUGAUGAAGGGGAGUCGGGUUCCCACAGUGUGCGUUUUGCAGCCUUAGAGCAGCCUGAGGUAGAAAGGAGACCAUCCCCCCGUGCUGAAGAAGAGCUUGAAGUAGAAGAAGCAGCUGAAGCCCAGGCUGAACCCAAGGAUGGCUCCCCAGAAGCUCCGGCUUCCCCUGAGAGAGAAGAGGUUGGACUCUCAGAAUAUAAGACAGAAACCUAUGAUGAUUACAAAGACGAGACCACCAUUGAUGACUCCAUCAUGGAUGCUGACAGCCUCUGGGUGGACACUCAAGAUGAUGAUAGGAGCAUCAUGACAGAACAGUUAGAAACUAUUCCUAAAGAGGAGAAAGCUGAAAAGGAAGCUCGGAGACCAUCUCUUGAGAAACAUAGAAAAGAAAAGCCUUUUAAAACCGGGAGAGGCAGAAUUUCCACUCCUGAAAGAAAAAUAGCUAAAAAGGAACCUAGCACAGUCUCCAGAGAUGAAGUGAGAAGGAAAAAAGCAGUUUAUAAGAAGGCUGAACUUGCUAAAAAAACAGAAGUUCAGGCCCACUCUCCCUCCAGGAAAUUCAUUUUAAAACCUGCUAUCAAAUAUACUAGACCAACUCAUCUCUCCUGUGUUAAGCGGAAAACGACAGCAGCAGGUGCUGAAUCAGCUCAGGCUCCCAGUGUAUUUAAACAGACAAAGGACAAAGUGUCUGAUGGAGUAACCAAGAGCCCAGAAAAGCGCUCUUCUCUGCCGAGACCGUCCUCCAUUCUCCCUCCUCGACGAGGCGUAUCAGGAGACAGAGAUGAGAACUCCUUCUCUCUCAACAGUUCUAUCUCCUCUUCUGCACGGCGGACCACUAGGUCAGAGCCAAUUCGCAGACCAGGAAAGAGUGGCACUUCAACACCCACUACCCCCGGAUCAACCGCCAUCACUCCUGGGACCCCACCAAGCUAUUCUUCACGCACACCAGGCACUCCUGGAACCCCUAGCUACCCCAGGACCCCUCACACACCAGGAACCCCCAAGUCUGCCAUCUUGGUGCCCGGUGAGAAGAAAGUUGCCAUUAUACGUACGCCUCCAAAAUCUCCUGCUACUCCCAAGCAACUUCGGCUUAUCAACCAACCACUGCCAGAUCUGAAGAACGUCAAAUCCAAAAUUGGAUCGACAGACAACAUCAAAUACCAACCUAAAGGGGGGCAGGUUAGGAUUUUAAACAAGAAGAUUGAUUUUAGCAAGGUUCAGUCCAGAUGUGGUUCCAAGGAUAACAUCAAACAUUCUGCUGGGGGCGGAAAUGUACAGAUUGUCACCAAGAAGAUAGACCUAAGCCACGUGACAUCCAAAUGCGGCUCUCUGAAAAACAUCCGCCACAGGCCAGGUGGUGGGCGUGUGAAAAUUGAGAGUGUGAAACUGGAUUUCAAAGAAAAGGCCCAAGCUAAAGUUGGUUCACUUGACAAUGCUCACCACGUACCUGGAGGUGGUAAUGUCAAGAUUGACAGCCAAAAGUUGAACUUCAGAGAGCAUGCUAAGGCCCGUGUGGACCACGGGGCUGAGAUCAUUACGCAGUCCCCAGGCAGAUCCAGCGUGGCAUCCCCCCGACGACUCAGCAACGUCUCCUCUUCUGGAAGCAUCAACCUGCUCGAAUCCCCCCAGCUUGCCACCCUGGCCGAGGACGUCACUGCCGCACUCGCUAAGCAGGGCUUGUGA